CACCAUCUUUGUUGGUUUGGGUCCGUUGUUGUCCAAUGAACGGUUGAGUACGUGACUACGCAACGCAACUUCAAUACAAUUUCCCCAAAUCUUCAAAUUACUUCACCCUACGCAUACAUCCGACGGGGAAAAGGUUUAUACACAAAAAGAUUCAGCUUUUUCAUUGGAAAACAUAAAAGGGUUUUGCGAAUUUACACAAAUAAAAAGCUUCGAUCUUUUUCGCUCUAGGGUUGUAUCGUCAUCGCUUUCGAAUUUUUAUCGAGAUCGAAUUCCUCAGUAUUUUUGUUCGAUUUGAUUCACAUUAGGGUUCAUUGCAUUCCAUUCGAAUUCUUUUAUUGGUUUCGAAUUUCUUAUGUGCAUGAGAAUGCUUUCGGGCUUUUGAUGUAAAACAUUUGCUCUUGGAGAGAAGUCCAGCCUGAGCUCUAAUAGAGUUUUGCUACCGAUCUUUCCAUCUUCGGUCAGACAUAACUUUUUGUUGUAAUUUAGAGCUGAGGGUCCUACGAAAGCUGUUCGAUCUGAGUUUUUUUGUAUCUGUAUUUAAUUUUAAUCUCCCAUUCCUGGGGUAAAAGUCGGAAAUUUAGCUUAAUUUGAUUACAAGCGGAAAAGAGAAUGGCUGCUUCAGGAAUGGAUUAUGGCCGGGAAGGUGGUGGUGCAGGAACAAUUCUUACACCAGCGAGGUUUGUAUGGCCUUACGGGGGAAGAAGUGUAUACUUAAGCGGUUCUUUUACAGGGUGGUCUGAGCACUGGCCAAUGACCCCCGUUGAGGGAUGCCCUACUGUGUUUCAAACCAUAUGCAGCUUACCACCUGGUUACCAUCAGUAUAAAUUCAUUGUUGAUGGUGAAUGGAGGCAUGAUGAACACCAACCUUUUGUAACUGGUAAUUAUGGUGUUGUGAAUACCAUACUCUUAGCUAGGGAGCCAGACUUCACUCCUUCAGUCUUGACCCCACAUACAACUUCUGGUUCAAGCAUGGAUGUUGACAAUGAGGUCUUUCAGAGAGUGGUUAGGGUUUCAGAUUGUACAUCACAUGACCCGUUGACAAGGAUAUCAGAUGCUGACCUGGCAGUAUCCCGUCAAAGGAUUUCUGUAUUCCUGUCUACACAUAUGGCAUAUGAACUGCUCCCUGAGUCUGGCAAGGUUAUUGCCUUAGAUGUUGAAUUGCCUGUAAAGCAAGCAUUUCAUAUCCUUUUUGAGCAGGGAAUUUCAACAGCUCCUCUUUGGGACUUCAGCAAGGGUCAGUUUGUUGGUGUUUUAAGUGCACUGGAUUUUAUUUUAAUUAUGCGAGAGCUUGGUAAUCAUGGAUCCAAUCUAACAGAGGAAGAACUUGAGACACAUACAAUAUCUGCUUGGAAAGAAGCAAAGUUAUAUCUAAGCAAACAAACUAUUGAUCAGGGUAAAAUAUUUUCUAAAAAACUAGUUCGGGUGGGACCCGAUGAAAACUUAAAAGAUGUGACAUUGAAGAUACUGCAAAAUCGUGUAGCUACAGUUCCUGUAACUCAUUCAUUCUCAGAUGAUGGUUCAUAUCCACAACUAUUAUAUCUUGCUUCGCUUUCUGAAAUAUUAAAACUUGUUUGCAGAUACUUUAGACAUUCUACAAGCUCAUUGCCUAUAUUGCAACUUCCAAUUUGUACACUUCCUUUAGGAACAUGGGUUCCAAAAAUUGGAGAAACAAAUAGACAACCAUUAGCAAUUUUGAAACCGAAUUCUUCUCUAAGUUCAGCACUAAAUUUGUUUGUGCAAGCUGAAGUUAGCUCAAUUCCUAUUGUUGAUGAUAAUGACUCGUUGUUGGAUGUAUACUCUCGAAGUGAUAUUACUGCUUUGGCAAAAGAUAAAAUUUAUACGCAUAUUAACCUUGAAGAAAUGACUAUUCAUCAGGCUUUGCAGCUGGGACAAGAACCUUAUGCUUCUCAUGGUGGGACCCCACAAAGAUGCCACAUGUGUCUACGCUCAGAUUCUCUGCAUAAAGUCAUGGAAAGAUUAGCAAAACCAGGGGUAAGACGGGUUGUGAUUGUGGAGGCUGGAAGCAAGCGGGUAGAAGGAAUCAUUUCGCUAGGCGACAUAUUCAGGUUCCUGCUAAGCUAAUGGAUACAACAGUAUCAGUAUCAGCAAGAGUAACAGUAAUUGUUUCACAAUUCUUUGAAGCAUAUGAUUGCGAUUUGGCCUCGCGUUUUGAUAAAGUGUAUCAGUGUAAAGAGCAAAGGCAUGUAAAUCUUGAUUGUGUUUUAUAUGUGACUCGACUCAAGCCUAUGUGCUCUUGUUGUUUUGCCACGUGGCAACUAGUUUUAUUUGACAUUUUUUUUUUAAUUGUGGUUUUUGAAUGGUGUUUGUAUUUUAAUUAUUGUAGUAUUUAUAACAGUUUUGCAAUGGUUAAUUUUAGGUAUAAAUAAUAAAAAGAAAGAUUGGUGUUCUAAAA